GGGCCGGCCCGGCGGGGUGCCCCAGGCUCCCACCCGGGAUCUUAGCGUGCGGCCGGGAAGCACCAGGCUCGCGUGCCCCGGGGAGGGGGGCGUUCCCGCGAGGCGGCGCGCGGUGAUGACGUACGAGCGCGCCGCGGGCCCAUGGCGGCAGCGGCGACGGCUGCGGCGCGGGAUCCCUGGCGGGCGGCGGCGCGGCGCUCGCGGCGGGCGGCUGCGGCGGCGGCCCGGGGCCCCGAGAACGGGGAGGUGACCCGCGAGGCGGACGUCGCCGUCGUUCUGCGGCGCCUGCGCGAGGCCGAGGAGAACCUGCUGCUCUCUGACUUCUGGAGCUCUGCGCUAGAGACCAUCAGCAGCUGUCUCUCGAAGCUUCUGGAACAGCUGAGCGCCCCCACGGUGCCCCUUUGUGAAGCCCUUGGGAGCCUGCGCCUUGAGCCCGCCGUUGGGGAGCCACCGGCUGCCCUUGAGGCCCACCCAGGCACGCGCCCGGGCCGUGGCCCCCUCAAGUGCGUGUGCUACGGCCUUGGGAACUUCGCCACCUGCGUCAUAGCCAGGCACCAGCUGGCCUUUCUGCUUCUCUUCCUGGAGAAGUGCCAGGUUCCCCGGAGUCACUGCUGCGUGUACGACCCCCUGUUCAGCCCCUGUGAGACUGCGGCUCUCCAGGCCCUGGGUGUGACAGUGCUCAGCGAGAACGAGGAAGGGAAGCGGAGCGUCUCGGGUGAGCCCACCCUCUUCUACAUGCCGCACUGCGGCACGGCGCUGUACAACAACCUUCUGUGGAGGAACUGGUCGCCUGACGCCCUCUCGCACAUGCUCAUCAUCGGGAACAGCUUCGGGGCCCUGCAGGACAGGAUGCUGACAAGGAUCUUGCAAAAGAACUAUCCCUACAUUGCAAAGAUUCUACAAGGACUGGAGGAACUCCCGAUUCCGGAGACACCCCAGUACUCGGACACGUUCAAUGACACCUCCGUCCACUGGUUCCCAGAGCCCAAGCUCAGGCAGCUCCCCGAGGACACUUGGGCGUGCCGGGAAGAGCCCGACUAUGGGGACUGUGAGGACCUAGAGAUCAUCAGGAACGAGCGAGUGUCCUGACUCGAAGCUGCCGUGGGGGCUGGGUGUCGGCUGAGGCCGGCGGGACAUGGAGGGGCCACGUGAAGGCCCUUCUCUGCAGAGGGCGAGUGUCCUCGCCGAGAAAGCUGCCGCUCAGCUCCGGUUGGCUCCUUAAAGAUUUAGUCCCGGGGGAGAGUUCAAGUGCGUGAGCACAUCCCUGGCCCCCACUGCAGUGCCGCGUGAUGCCUCUGUAAGGGUUUUUUUGUUUUUGUUUUUGUUUUUUUGGGUCAGACCCGGCGUGCACAGGGGUUACUCCUGGCUCAUGCACUCAGGAAUUACUCCUGGCGAUGCUUGGGGGACCAUAUGGGAUGCUGGGGAUCGAACCUGGGUCGGCCGCGUGCAAGGCAAACGCCCUACCCGCUGUGCUAUCACUCCAGCCCAGGGUUUUUUUUUUUUUCUUUUCUUUUUUUUUGGCUUUUGGGGCCACACUCGCCGGUGCUUAGGAGCCACUUCUGGCUCUGCACUCAGGAAUUACUCUGGCGCUGCACAGGGGACCAUGAGGAUACCAGCUCCUGUGAGGGUCUGGGGGGGUCCAGAGGGCUGGAGCCGCGUGCCCACGUGUGUCGGGUUCAGUCUCAGGCACUGUGUGGCCCCAGCACCACCAGCCCUGCGCCCUAAGCCAUCAGGCCCACAGUGCCAGGACGGUAAUGUGGGGAGUGGGUCCAGGCCGCCCAGCGCUGCUGGGGAGGCGCCUCACCCCACCCCACCCCACCCC